CCGUCAUCUCGAUCGUGGUGGGUGCCUUCCUCGACUACCACAAGCCGGCCGGAGGCGGGCCGCCCAAGAACACGCGCACCGCCGGCGACGCGGAGGCGGCGAGCGAGCCGGUUGCUCGCUCGCUCGCCUCGGAGCCGCCUCAGUCCAAGUCCCACCCGCUGGCGACCUUUUGUUACUACGCAUUCGGGGGCUCGCAGUGAGGGCCUCCGGAGGGCGGCCUCUCUUCAUGGAUGCGUGUGUCCACUGCCCGGCGUGCAUUCAUGCACCCCGGCGUACGCGCAGCCCCUCGCGAGGAGCUGCAUGCUUCGGGACGUACGUGCGUUGAGUCUGGCCCGUGGCCGUGCGCUGGCCUUGCUCGUCCUCUCCGUCCGGUGUGGGCGUGAUGAUGCAGAGAUAUCUAGGUAAUCGUCCGCAGUUGCCACGAAUCUCGAUUGCGAUGUGCUGUCUGCUGACCCGCGCGGCCGCGCGCGCGGAGGUGUGUGUACGCGUCACGGGGCUGUAUAAUACAAAAC